UGCUCAGCAAAGAAAAUGGCAGUCCAUAACUCUCUUGAAAUAGCUAAUAAGGAUGAUUUGUGCGAGGAUGAUGGACGUCCCAAAAGAACUGGAACCAUAUGGACCUGUAAUGCCCAUAUAAUAACUGGUGUUAUAGGAUCUGGAGUUCUUUCUCUGGCAUGGAGCACUGCACAAUUGGGAUGGAUUGCAGGACCCAUUUCCAUGGUUUGCCUCGCAAUUGUCACAUAUAUUUCUGCUUCUCUUCUCUCGGAUUGUUACAGAUGCCCUGACCCGAUUACUGGAACGCGAAACUAUACAUAUGUGGAUGCUGUAAACGCCAUUCUAGGUCAAAAGCGGAAAGUGUUGUGCGGUUUUCUUCUAUACACAGGCAUGUAUGGAACAGGUGUUGCUUAUGUACUAACUGCUUCAAUCAGUAUGAGAGCGAUUCAUACAUCGAAUUGUUAUCAUAAAGAAGGUCAUGAGGCUCCAUGUGUAUUUGGAGACGCAUUUUAUAUGCUUCUUUUUGGAGCUAUUCAAAUUAUGUUUUCUCAGAUACCUAAUUUCCAUGGCAUGGAAUGGCUAUCCAUAGUUGCGGCCAUCAUGUCUUUCUCCUACGCCUCGAUUGGAUUUGCUCUUGGCUUCGCCAAAGUUAUUGAGAAUGGAAGUAUUAUGGGGAGCUUAGGAGGGAUCCCCCAAGUUACCGUAGCUCAGAAAGUAUGGAAGGUCUGCCAAGCACUUGGAGAUAUUGCUUUCGCUUACCCAUACACCGGAUUUCUUCUUGAGAUACAGGAUACUCUAAAGUCCCCGCCAGCGGAAAAUAAAACCAUGAAGAAGGCAUCUAUGAUAGCAGUCUUCAUCACCACUUUCUUCUAUCUCUGUUGUGGAUGCUUUGGAUAUGCAGCUUUUGGGAACCAAACUCCAGGAAACCUUCUGACGGGGUUUGGGUUCUAUGAGCCGUACUGGCUUAUUGACUUGGCUAACUUUUGCAUCGUUGUUCAUCUAGUUGGAGGAUACCAGGUGUGCAAUCAGCCUGUCUUUGCAUUCAUGGAAGGAUGGCUAGGAAAGAAGUUUUCCAACAGUACCUUCAUCAACAAAUCCUACACAAUCAAAGUCCCUUUGGUUCCAACUCAAGUCAAUCUGAAUCUCCUUAGGUUAUGCACUCGAACGUUGUACGUUGCUUCAACAACAGGAAUUGCAAUGGCAUUUCCAUAUUUCAACCAAAUUUUGGGAGUCUUGGGUACCGUAGGGUUCUGGCCCUUGACUAUAUAUUUCCCAGUGCAGAUGUACUUUGUGCAACUCAAAGUUGAGGCAUGGACGCGAAAGUGGGUUAUUCUUCAAACUUUCAGCAUUGUUUGUUUGGUUAUCAGUACGAUUGCAUUAAUUGGAUGUUUGCAAGGUAUUGUCAGUGCUAAAAUAGAGUAAUUAUUUUU